GUUAAACUGUAACCUUAAACAACAAAUCGCAGCAAGAGAGGAAGCAUAGUAUCUUCUUGUGUGCGGUCUUUACUGCUUUCUGUGUUAUUCUUCUUCUUCUCCGAUUCUACCUUCCGAGUUGACUCACCUUGCCAUGGAGGAACAACACCACCAACAACCUAAACCCAACAACAUCAACGCUUCCGACGUCGACCCUUUCCUCUUAAACUACACACCUUCGGAUCUCCGAACCGCUUCGGAGUUUCUCGCCACUUGGCUCCCCUUCCUCUCCCGAGAUCUCUGCGCUCGCUGCACUCAAUCUCUCUCCGAUCGUAUUCAAUCCAUCGACCCAGGUGAAGUGCCCCAAAACGGCAGCCCCAAUGAACAAAACGACGCUGAAGAUAACUGCGACACGCAUUCGCUGGGGAGUUGGAAAGACGGGGCGGAGGUGAAUUCCUGUGUGGAGACUCCGAGCCAGAGAGUUUGUUGGGCCGACAUGGCCCAAGAGGAUGAUGAGUUUGGUGAAGAAGAAAACAACAACAAUGGGGUUAAUGUUGUUAUGGGUAAUUCGAAUGAUGCUUCUGAUGUGGGUGUGGCUGUGGCUGAGAAGCCUACUUUGCCUAGGGAGCAGAGGGAGUACAUUAGGUUCAUGAAUGUGAGGCGCAAGAAGGACUUUAUCUGCUUUGAGAGGGUUAAUGGGAAGCUUGUGAAUAUUCUUGAAGGGCUUGAACUCCACACAGGGAUUUUCAGUCUUGCUGAACAAAAAAGGAUUGUCAAUUAUGUUGCUUCAUUACAGGAGAUGGGGAAAAGAGGAGAAUUGAAAGAGCGGACAUUUUCUGCUCCCCAAAAGUGGAUGAGGGGCAAGGGACGACAAACCAUACAAUUUGGGUGCUGUUACAAUUAUGCAGUGGAUAGAGAUGGUAACCCACCUGGUAUUCUUCCACAUUCAAUGGUUGAUCCUUUACCUGAUCUUUUCAAAGUCAUCAUCCGACGACUGAUCAAGUGGCAUGUACUACCUCCUACUUGUGUGCCAGACAGUUGCAUUGUUAAUAUAUAUGAAGAAGGGGACUGUAUACCUCCACACAUAGAUAACCAUGACUUUGUUCGACCAUUUUGCACUGUCUCAUUUCUUAGCGAGUGCAAUAUAGUUUUUGGAUCAAACUUGAAGAUUGUAGGUCCUGGUGAAUUUGAUGGUUCGAUUGCUAUUCCAUUGCCUAUGGGAUCUGUACUUGUCUUGAAUGGAAAUGGAGCUGAUGUAGCUAAGCACUGUGUGCCAGCAGUUCCUGCAAAAAGGAUAUCGAUCACAUUUAGAAGAAUGGAUGAGUCAAAGAGGCCUUUUGGGUAUGUUCCUGAACCUGAUCUGCAGGGAAUCCAGCCAUUGACAUAUGAAGUUGAGCAGGAAAAGAAAUCAGGUGGACACAGAUCUGGUCGUCAUGUGAGGAGACAAAGAGGGAGAGGAGGUGGCAGGAAUGAUGCAAUGGGAUUUGCAUCUAGAAAUGAUAGGUUCUCAGAGCACCGCGACUCGAAUCAUAAUACACCCAGAUCGGGAAAUAGGUGGAGUAGAAAGCUUGGUAGUUGACAGAUGCAGUGUUAUUAGGGCCAAAGGUUCCUGAUGGUUCACAGUUUUCUGAACUAAGAAUCACAUGUUAGUUUUGUUCAUGAAAUCCUUUACAUAUCAACAAGUUUGUUAUGGAGGUUUCUUCACUUUGGUUGUGGGAAAGCUUUACACAGCAGCAAUUUUAUUAUGAUUAUAUGGUGAAGUUGGUCACUUGGGGUGCUGCUUUGGUAACUUUGUCUCCUAGCCUCAGGCCCUAGUGUAUAUUUGAGUGAACUUUUCUAGUUAAUAAUGGUUGCUAUUUGGUGAGAAGUUGUGGUUCAUCUGUUUUUUUAGUACCAAGCUAAAAAGUGGCUGGGCUAUAAUAAGGCAUUUUGAGA